AUGGCAUCUAUCACGCCACCAAACGAGGAUCACAACUCUGACAAAGGGUCAAAGAACUUGGAAGACAACCCUAAAUUAGAAGCUGGGAGACGUGACUCAACAUCUGAGCCAGAGUAUCCAAAAGGAUGGAAACUGUGGUCUAUACUUGUUGGUUUGGCUCUCUCUGUUCUCUGUACCGCGUUGGAUAAGACGAUCAUCUCCACCGCAAUCCCUAAGAUCACCACGGCGUUCAAUUCCCUGGACGAUGUCGGCUGGUACGGCUCGGUAUACCUUCUUACAGCAUGCUGUUUCCAACUGAUGAUUGGAAAGCUCUAUGCCGAGUUCAGCAUCAAGGUCAUCUUCCUCUUGACGUUGAGCAUUUUCGAAAUCGGUUCCAUUGUCUGCGCCUCUGCUCCAAACUCGCCAGCAUUCAUCGCUGGCCGUGCCAUAGCCGGGCUAGGUUCGUCUGGGGUGGCUACUGGGGCCCUGAUUAUUCUCGCACAUUCAGCACCGUUAGAGAAGAGGCCAAAGUACACUGGAGCCAUUGGCGCGUCAAUGGGCAUAGCCUCCUGUGUAGCACCGACUCUGGGUGGCGUGUUGACUGAUAAAGCAUCGUGGAGGUGGUGUUUCUGGAUCAACCCUAUCCUUGGUGUGCCGACAGUCAUUGUGGUAUUCUUCCUUAUCAACCUGCCAUCCAAAACACCACGCGAUAUAACCUGGAGCGAGUUCCUUGCCAAAUUCGAUUUCCUCGGGACAGCCUUUCUCCUACCAGGACUCGUAUGUUUGCUCUUGGCUCUGCAAUGGGGCGGUAGCACGUAUGCCUGGAGUGACUGGCGAUCUAUCCUGUUGCUGUGCCUCUUUGGGGUGUGCAUAACGAUAUGGAUGUACGUCCAGGUCAGGCAGGGUGACAAGGCGACCCUACCGUUGCGCAUCCUGAAGAACAGGUCCAUGGGGGCCGCGACAUGGUACAUGUUCUGCGUGUUUGGAGCACUGACCUGCUUCACUUACUACGGUUCGAUCUGGUUUCAGUCCGUCAAGCAACAGUCGGCGUAUUCGACUGGCAUUUAUUUCCUCGCUGCCACGGCCACCAUGUCAGUUGUGGCCCUUUGCAGCGGCGUUCUGACGUCCAAAAUCGGAUACUAUGUACCUCAGAUGAUAGCCUGCUGCAUUAUCUGUCCUGUCGGCUACGGCCUUUUACAUCGAUUCUCAAUCGACACCAGCACGGCUUAUUGGGCCGGGACACUCGUCAUCAUCGGCUUUGGCUUUGGUCUCGGAGGGCAACAAUCCAUCAUGGUCCCUCAGACUGUGAUGAAGGGACCCGAUAUUUCGCUGGGAACAUCGUGCAUGAUGUUCGCCCAGACGAUAGCGGGCACCGUCCUGCUCUCCGCCUCACAGAAUGUCUUCGAAGACAAUCUCGUCCUCGAGCUGCGCAGGAUUGUACCAGAUGUGGAUCCCAAUGUGGUGAUUGGGCAUGGUGCCAGUGGCCUGGCCAAGGCGAUGAGUGCGAUUUAUGAUAGCGCUACCGUGCAUGGCAUUCUUGUGUCCUACAACCUGGCCCUGACCCAGGUGUGGACCAUCUGCCUUGUCAUGUGUUGUCUGGGUUCUUUUGGGGCACUCACGGUUGAAUGGAAGAGCGUGAAAAGCGAAAAAGCUCCUGUGACUGACGCCGAAAUCAAGUUGGAAGAAGUUUUGCCAGAGAACGAUGGUAGACCUGUGAGUGAAAUGGGACGGAGGCUAGAGACAGAGUAG